GCCCUCCCUCCCGAGACACGAGCCGAACUGGGCGUCAGGUCGGGGAGCGGGUCGGGUUCCCGCUCGCCGCCGCCACCGCCCCCCGCAGCGACUCUCCCGCCUCUCCCGCCGCGCCGGCCGCAGGAGCUGCAUCGCCAACUCUGCUCGGCCGUGGAGCCGCCGGCCCGGGAGCACAGAGCCCGGGACGCAACACGCCGAACCCCUCAUCACCUCCAGCCGGGGCGACCCCUCCCGGGUCCGCCCUCGUUCUGCGCUGCCGCCGGAGCCCCCAGCCCUGAGCGGCUCCGCGGCCCGGCGCCCGCACCCCGGCCCCUGCACUCCCGUAGCCGCCGCCCCCCACCCUGAACAUGGACUCCGACUCUUGCGCCGCCGCCUUCCACCCGGAGGAGUGCUCCCCCAGUUACAAGAGGCGCAGGACUGUGGAGGAUUUCAACAAAUUCUGCACCUUUGUCUUGGCCUAUGCUGGCUACAUUCCUUAUCCGAAGGAGGAGCUCCCUUUGAGGAGCAGCCCCAGCCCUGCCAACAGCACCGCUGGUACCAUCGACAGUGACGGCUGGGACGCUGGUUUCACCGACAUGGCGUCCGCGGUACCCUUGCCGGUCUCUGACCGCUGCUUUGGCCACCUGCAGCCGAGCCUCCUGCAGCGAGCCAAGCCCAGUAACUUCUUGCUGGACAGAAAGAAAACGGACAAGCUGAAGAAGAAGAAGAAGAGGAAGCGGAGGGACAGUGAUGUGCCUGUGAAGGAGGGGUACAUGGGGAGCUUGCUGAAGCUGGAAGCCGCUGACCCAUAUGUAGAGACCCCCACAAGUCCCGCCCUGCAGGAUAUCCCCCAGGCUCCCGGCGACCCCUGCUCGGGCUGGGACUCUGACACUCCUUCCAGUGGAUCUUGUGUCACGGUGUCACCUGAUCAGGUCAAAGAAAUAAAGACUGAAGGCAAACGGACUAUUGUCCGGCAGGGAAAGCAGGUGGUGUUCCGGGACGAGGACAGCACCGGCAAUGAUGAGGACAUAAUGGUGGAUUCGGAUGACGACUCCUGGGACCUCGUCACCUGCUUCUGCAUGAAACCGUUCGCCGGCCGCCCUAUGAUUGAGUGUAACGAGUGCCACACCUGGAUUCACCUGUCCUGUGCGAAAAUCCGGAAAUCCAAUGUUCCGGAAGUGUUUGUCUGCCAGAAGUGCCGGGACUCCAAGUUCGACAUCCGCCGCUCCAACCGUUCUCGGAUGGGCUCACGGAAACUGUUUCUGGACUGACUGUCGGUGCGCGAGGAGACCAUGGGCGAGGAAUCGGAAGGGACGAUGGGCUUUUUGGCCCGUCUCUUAGUUGAGCACAGAACUCUCAGCUCUGGUGCGGGCAGACCCCUGCCAUUCAGGUGCCUAAGCAAAAGGACAGGCUGUCCAAGGUAUACCCUGUAUAUAGCCAGUGACUGAAUAAAAUCCUCGUUGGCCAAAGCUGCUGCCAGAGCCGUGUUCUCUGCAGUGGAGGUGGACUCAACACUCAAGUACAGUGGGUUAGGUUCAGCUGAAAAGGAGGGUACGUGGUAGUGGUGAACCCUUGCUGUCAUUUUGUUAACGAGCUCCCUCCGCUGGGAACGGGUGCGAGCUGUUACCCGCUUCCGCUGUCUCGGGAGAGGAGAUGUUCGGUUUCCCGGGCCUGUUAGUGAACAGCCAUACGUGUAAGCUUUCUCUCGAGUGUAAGUCUUUGACCAUAAGUGUCUGUACAGCAACCAUCAAGCUGCCCCAACCUUCGUGGUCUGCCCUCUCUCCCUGCUGUGGUUGCUGCUGUCCCCCCCUCACCCCCCCCCCCCCCCCACUGCUGGCUGCCAGCUAGAGUCCUCUGGUCUUGCUCUGGGAGGAGCCCUGGGGCAGAGGCCAGCUAACGAUCCCUAGGUUUCCUUCUGUUUGUUAAAAGGGACAGUAUGUGGCCACUUCUCGGUGGAAAAGGGGUUGGUUGGGGGGGUUGAGGUUGGCCCGUGUUCAUAACUCAGUUUCCUGUUUUGCACGAUGUAAAAAACCUGUCUUUUUGCACGAUAUAGCCAAAAGUAUUGGCAGUUUUCUGCCUGGGUGCCCUUUUCAGUUGGUGGAUGAGGUCCUGGGGUGCCCGGCAAGCUGUUCUCCAGCGAGAGGGCCCUUGGUUCCGGAGCUCCUCUUUCCCUCACCUUACUCCAGUAGCAGCAGGAAGGUUAGGCAGUCACUGGGGAAUGGUGUUCCUCUACAUAAUGAGGUAAGGAAAACUUGAGGGGAGGCCUCUCCUGUGGUUGAUUCUCAGUAUGCUCUCACACAGGCUGGCCCGCUGGUUUCACGGGGCAAGGUUAGGAUUUGAAGCCUUUUUUUUUUUUUUUUUUUGGUUUGAAUUGGUGUGUGAGUGAUAGGGCAACAUUGGUCUCCAGGAAUAUACCAUUGGACGGUGCAGACUUCCUUAGAUCUGAAUCAGGACCCUGGACUGGGGAGACUCCUGUGCAGGCCAGCUCUGGAGAAGCCAGGGAGUUUGCGCCUGCAGCUCCACAGGGCUCUGCUCAAGGGCAGGGGACACGGGUGGCUCUGGGGCCUGGAGGGAGAGGAAGGCUUCCGCUUUCUCUGAAGUUGACAGUGCUCUUGAGCAGUUCAAACACUCUUCUCAAAAAUGUUUUUUUUUGGUAAAUGGAUGGGUGUGUUUUCAUACACAUUGUUUCUUGUGAAGCAUGAAAAGGGAAGGAUGCCCAGCUUGGUGGGUCAUACUUACAUUUACAGUGGGGGUGGACCCCCCCAGUCUCUCUGUGUGUGGGGGGGUUGUCUCCACGUGGCACCCUUGUGUGGGGCCACCACGGACGGGGACUCUUAUUUGUAUUCUCUCCCUUAGGCACAGUGGGGGGAGGUUGAACUCGAAUUGGCUAAUCAGAGCCCAUUUUCUGUGCUAGUAUCUUUCAUGCUUCACCAGCCAACUGCCUUUUGUUUUGUUUUGUAUUCUGUUGCGCAUAUUAACACAGAAAUAGAAAUAGUUUCUGAAACCUAGUUUAUUGUGAAGAUCCCCAAGGGGGAAGUUCUGCUGUAGAGAAAAAUAGUGAGAAGCGGGCUUAGAACCAACCUUCUCCCCAGACAACUGUCUGGCUCUGAUGAGGGCAAACGUCCAGGAAAAGUCGGAGAGGAAUUUGCCAAAGAUCUGCCCCAUGACAUUGCCUGUCCAGUGUCUUCACCAUGAGAAUAGCCAAAGUUCCAAAGUGUUUUUUUUUUUCUUUUUUUAAAACUCCACAAAGUUUUAAAAGUGCAUUUAAGAAUAUGUGUGAUUUUACAGUGGGACUACCAGCCUGGGCGACUGCUGUAUUGCUUUUAGAAGGUUCAAUGCCUGGUGACGCCUCUGGAAGGUACUUAAUACUCAUUUUGAUCUGUUUCCUUCGUUUCCUUUUUGUUCUUUUAACAGAUCGAUCUAUCCCUGUGGCUGGUGUCUAGGAAGUCAAGACACCUUGGUUUUUGUGUUAGGUUGAGCUGGGCAGCUGCAAUCAGCUUUAUGCAAAUUAGGCAUGGCCCAUCUAGGGGCUCCUGGUUGGUGGCUGAUAAAGGGAGGGGAGGGAAAGAUGUCACCCCAAAAGUAAGCCCCUCGCAUUGGCAUUGGCCAGGCCAGACACUUAACAUCGUUUACAUGGUUCUGUGUAAUUAUAAAGUUUAUGUGUAUAAAGCGAAGCUGUUUCUGUGAAACUGUAUAUUUUGUAAAUAAAUAUAUUGCUACUUUGA